AUGGACAAUAUAAUCGAGAAUUCUUUAAACUUCUGGUAGUAGAGACUCAACACAACAAUAACAGAUCCCACCGCAAUCCUCAUUAUUCCCAAAAAAAUAUCAAUAGUAGAUAGAGUAGUAAUAAAAUCGGCAUGCUUCUGGAAUAAGAUGGCUGAUGAAUUCUUAGCUAAAAGUUCCACAAACAGAUCAAUGGAAAGUGUAUCCUCAUUGUCAAAAAAAGAGUAGAUAUCCGAUUGCUGA